UCUUUGAGUGUCGAUCGUAGUUAACGCACCUGCGCGCGUCGCAAAAAUUUGCUGCAGUUACUGUUCAAAGUAAAAACCGCGCAUUAAAAAAUGCUAUAAAACAUAUUAAACAAAGUGUUCAAAAAACUAUAAAAACGCUAACCAAAACUUGUUUGGGCUUUAAGACACUGGGAAUAUACUGGCUUAAGCCCUAAGGCACAAACAUUUUUUACAGGCACUUUAUGGCGUUUGAAUGUGACUAAGCCAUGCCCACUGAUAAUACAGGCAGCGAGGGCGGCGCCAUGCCCAUGCUGCGCGCCUCGCGCAUGGAUCAGUUCAUGUCCACAGUGGCAGCUGUGGCGGCUGCUGCAAGUGGCGGCGGCGCUGGCGCCUCCGAUGCCGCCAACAGCGGCAGUGAUUCCCGCAACUCAUCGGCGAGUCGCAUCUCGGCCUAUGAAACGCAGCUGGCGUAUCAUCAGCAGCUGGCGCUGCAUGGUGGUGCAGCUGGUGGCCCAGCGCCACCACCGCCGCCGCCACAUCAUCGUGAAAUAUCCGCGUUUGUGCCGGUGCUGCCCACGCGCCAAGCACUGGAGGCCAAAGCGCGUGCGGCGGGCAGCAAUUCCAACUAUGAAAUCAUUGCCAUGAUGGCGGACAAGCGCAAGGAGCUGGCGCUACGUGAAGCGGCAGCAGCUGCUGCUAUGCUGGGACGCGGCGGACCACCUGGUGGCCCAGCUGGAGUGCCUGGCGUGCUCUACGGUGCGCCGCCACCGCCGCCAUAUUUAGCAGCGGGUCCCUCGCCCACUGCAGCGGGCAGCUUUGCUUUUCCGCCAGGUGCCGCCGGCGCUGCUUUAUUUCAGCCCGGACUGGGGCCGGGCAUGCACGCUGGACUGGAUCGGCGGCUGCUGCGCGCGCCUGGACGCGCCUCGCGGCCCAAGAAGCAGUUCAUCUGCAAGUUCUGCAAUCGCCAGUUCACCAAGUCCUACAAUCUGCUCAUCCACGAGCGCACCCACACCGACGAGCGGCCCUACUCCUGUGAUAUAUGCGGCAAGGCCUUUCGGCGUCAGGAUCAUCUCAGAGAUCACAGGUACAUUCACUCGAAGGAGAAGCCUUUCAAGUGCACCGAGUGCGGCAAGGGCUUCUGCCAGUCGCGCACUCUGGCCGUGCAUAAGAUACUGCACAUGGAGGAGUCGCCGCACAAGUGUCCGGUGUGCAGUCGCAGCUUUAAUCAGCGCUCGAACCUGAAGACACAUCUGCUCACCCACACCGACCACAAGCCGUACGAAUGCUCCAGCUGCGGCAAAGUCUUCCGGCGCAACUGCGAUCUGCGGCGUCAUGCGCUGACGCAUGCGGUGGGUGAAGUGAACAGCGCCGACUAUGUGGUGGAUGUGGGCGGCGAGGAUGAGGCGCGUCAGCUGAGCGGCGAUGAGGAGGACUCGCUGCUGGAGGUGGACUCGCCCAGGCAGUCGCCAGUGCAUCAGCAGGAGCAAACAGAGCGGCAACGUGAGCGCGAUCGCGAGCGCAUGCGGCUCAAGCGCAAAGCAAACGAAGCGGAGGAAAGCGAAGAGGAAUACGAUGAAUACGAUGAGGAGGAGGAGCUGCGUGAAGCGGAUGCGCUGGAUCUGGCAGAGGAUGAAGAGCUGGAGGCAGAAACUGAAGAGGAGCAAGCAGAGGUGGCGCUUGUGGCGCGUUUCAAAGCUGGACAAGCUCAAGCUCAAGCCAGCAGCAGCAGCAGCAGCCAGAGCGUUGCCAAGCCAGAGGGUCAGGGGGUUACCCAUUGUCAUCAUGAAGGCGGCGAAACCUACACCAUGCGUCCCCAUGCUGAGGAGCCGCCGUCGGCGCAGCUGCCACCCAACUAUAUGCCCAGUCUACGCUAUGCAGCACCACCAGCACCCACUGGCGCCGCCACUCAUUUGCUACCCGGCGAUCCGUAUCUGCCCAUGCUGCAUGUGCGUCGCGAUUUGCAUCACAAGUCGCUGAAUUUGAGUAAAUCCAACAAUGCCACGCCCCCCAGCAUUGUCACCGAGCCCAGUCGACCGCCCUCGCAGCCUCUGCACUCGCCACACGAGGCCAUGCCCAGUUUUCUGGGCUCCAUACCAGUGCGCAAGCGCAUUUUGCCGCCACCACCGCCGCUGGUGGAGCAGCUGGUGGAACAUCAGCGCGCCUUUAUGGAUAAUCAAAGCAUUUACGCUCUAAAUAUGUCGCGACAUCCACCCAGGCAGUUGCUGGGCAAGCCGCCAGCUACGGAAACUAGCGCAGCUUUGGAAAAGGAGCCCGCACCACCGCCUGCUGCACCACCAGCAGCAGCGCCUGCCGCAGCACCACCCAGACGCACAGGAUUCAGCAUUGAGGACAUUAUGCGGCGUUAAUAACACGUUUAGUACAUGUACUAAAUUUUAGUACAUGUUCUAAAUUUUAGUACACGCUCUAAAUUUAAUUUAAAAAGCAGCUGCUAUGUUUGUAGCCUGCUUAGCCAUAAGCGCACUUUUAGUACAUUUUAGUACAAUGUAUUUUAGGCAUUAGGCAUUUAAUUUGUAGUUUUUAGCACAUUAAUUCAAAGCUGAGGUUGCAUACGAAGGACAGCAAAUUGCUUUUAGCACAUAAGCUUGCAUUUAAUUUAGUACUUUUAGUACAGCUCGUACUUAGUUUUUAGUGCCGUUUAUUUUUUAAUACAAGAGUCUAACAUUUAGUCUAAGUGCCAGCACUAAGUGUUGUGCUUCCAAACAACUUUAAUUUAUCUACAUUUUGUAGCAUAGUGUAAGCAACAAAAACAACGCAACAAGUUGCAUGCUGAGGGAAAAAAAGGUUGAAAGUAAAAGUAAAACAAUACGAAAGAAAAAAAUAAAUAAAUAUCAGUAAAUUAAAUCUUUGCUACAUACGAAGCGAACAUAACACACAAGUUACAAUUUUUAUAGCGCUUAGCUAAGAGUUUUAAGAUUUGAUUUUAAUUUAAUUUUAAUUUAAAUAGUUUUAAGACAGCCUGCUAGCAUUCCAUGGUCUUCCUUGAAUUUGAAAUGAUUUAUUUGUAAGCAAUACAACAAC